AAAAAUGAGAGUUUAAAGCCCCGCGCGAACACUUUCCGCGCGCUGAGCACUAGCACCAGGUGGCGACUUGGGCUCAGAGCAGCGCGGGGAAGGCGGGGGCUGGGAGGCGAGGCCGAGCAGGUCUUUCACGCACCCACCUCGGCUGUCACCUCAGCACGGCUCCGGGGCUCUAGCGCGGGCGCCACUCGCCAGCUGAGACAGUGUGUUUUAGUUACUCCAUGGAUUCCUUUGGGCAACUCAGACCAGAAGAUAACCAGUCAGUAGUGAGCAGAAUGCAGAAGAAAUACUGGAAAACUAAACAGGUCUUUAUCAAAGCAACGGGAAAAAAGGAGGAUGAGCAUGUAGUGGCGUCUGAUGCAGAACUGGACGCUAAACUUGAGGUUUUUCACUCCAUCCAGGAGACAUGCAAUGAACUUCUGAAGAUAGUUGAGAAAUAUCAACUAAGACUCAAUGUUAUAUCAGAGGAAGAAAAUGAACUAGGGCUCUUUUUAAAGUUUCAAGCAGAACGGGAUGCAACUCAAGCUGGCAAAAUGAUGGACGCUGCUGGCAAGGCACUCUGUUCUUCAGCUAAGCAAAGAUUGGCCUUGUGUACUCCCCUGUCUCGUCUUAAGCAAGAAGUAGCAACAUUCAGUCAGAGGGCCGUUUCUGACACCUUGAUGACCAUUAAUCGCAUGGAGCGGGCUCGCACAGAAUACAGAGGGGCCCUGCUGUGGAUGAAGGAUGCGUCCCAGGAGCUCGACCCAGACACUUUCAAACAAAUGGAGAAGUUUAGAAAAGUACAGAUCCAAGUGAGAAAUACCAAAGGUUCUUUUGACAAGUUAAAGAUGGAUGUCUGUCAGAAAGUGGAUUUGCUUGGAGCUAGUCGCUGCAAUAUGCUAUCUCACUCACUCACAACCUAUCAGAGGACAUUGCUUGGGUUCUGGGAGAAGACAGCUCAAAUGAUGGCCCAGAUCCAGGAGGCCUGUGCUGGCUUUCAUCCAUAUGACUUUAUAGCUCUCAAGCGUCUACAGGACACACCAGGCAACCUCACUACAGACUACAAAGAAGAAGCAGAAGGCAGCUGUCUUACUGCAAACCUCAAUAAGGUAGCUUUGUCAGAAGAGGAAGAAGGAUUUGAGAGAGAACCAGCAGCUGCAAGAGCUCUGCCUGGAGACUCUCUGGAAGGAGAUGAUUUUGAGAAGGAAUUCUCAUUUCUGAACAGCCUCCUAAGCCCCACUUCUGCAAGUGUUAGUGAACUUACACCGGACUGCCUGACAGCCUGUGGGAGCCCCAGUGCUGGCCUCACAUCCCAGGAGCCUUCAGUGGGAUCUGAACCUCUCACCUACUCUUCCCAGUUCCUCCCGUCACAGCUCUUCGACCUUGGCCUUCAUGCAGAUGGAGCUUUCAACAGCUGGGUCUCCCCAGAGGGAUCAGAACACUCAGAUACCUUGCCAGUGUCUUCACAGCAUCCAAAGAAAUUAAAAUCCCCCGACAAUGGUAACCAAGACAUGUCAGCCUGGUUCAAUCUAUUUGCAGACUUGGAUCCGCUUUCCAACCCGGAUGCUAUUGGACACUCAGACGAUGAGCUUCUCAACGCCUGACUGGGGUCACAGGGUCAGGGGUCUCAAGGCCUCAACUGUAUACAAUGUUUGCACUGUGACCACACACAGAAGUCUGUGUUCUGGACAGGACAUCUGCCUGCCAACCUCAGUCUGUGUAUUUAUUGUGCUGGGUGUGCAAGCUGUUGAUAGUAUGUGGGAAUUUUUAAAAACUCCCAAAUCUGUAAUACUGAGAAACCAAACUUACAUCUGUAUCACAGGAGAUGGAGUAUUUCUUUGGGAAGUGUUCUAGAUUUAAGUUUCUUUGCUGUACGUGAGUAAAGAAUAGGACAAAGAGGCUACAGUUUGGGGUGAGUUUGACACUGGCAGGUGUUUUAUUUUGGGGAAUAGCAGUAGAAAAUAAUGUUUUCUCCCUGAUUACAAUGUAGAACAGAUUAGAGAACCUAGUCCGCUUUACUAAAAUUAGAGAAACUUGUGCUUGCUUUUCUGUACUUGGAAGCUAAAUCCAACAGUACUUUUCAUUCACACACAA